AUGAAAAGAUUUAAUUUUUACAAUUCAUCACCAUCAAUUUUAAUAAUUGUAUUGUGUUGUGUAUUGUUCAUCAAUGUUGUAUUUGGAUCGGAUCAACAACAACAACAAAUUAAUGCAGAUCCCAUUGUAGAUAUCCACAUUCCAACAACAACAACAACAACUUUAGCCGAUCAAUACAAGAGUAAAAUCUACUCGGAUCAAAGCCUUCGUGAUGAUAUCAUGAAACGAUUCCAAGACUAUUUGAGAUUACCUACUCAACAUCCAAAGCCUGAUUAUGCCACUGCUAUUGAUUUUCUGUUGAAAUGGACAAGAAGUGUUUUCCAUAUUGAUGAUAGUACUGAUCCGAUCAAGGAAGUGCAAGUGAAUGCUAAUUUAAAGACUGGAGAAAAUUCCAUUCUCAAGUAUUAUAUUUUCCAUUGCAAUCCUGCUAAACCAAGUUUUAUAUUUACAUGGAAAGGAAGAGAUGCUUCGAAGGGAAGUAUCAUGAUUAAUAGUCAUACUGAUGUAGUUCCUGUUGAUAAGGAUCAAUGGAAGUAUCCACCAUUUGAUGCAACAAUGGUUGAUGAAAAUACAGGAAAGGGCAGAAGAGUUUACUCGAGAGGAUCUCAAGAUAUGAAGAAUAUCGGAACUGGUUACAUGGAAGCUCUUGUUGCUCUUGUGGAAUCUGGAUUCAAACCAGAGAGAAAUCUUCAAGUUGUUUUUAUUGCUGAUGAAGAAAUUGGAGGUGAUGAUGGAUGGGAAUGUUUGAUUCAAAACGAAUUGUGGAAGGAAUUGAAUGUUAGUUUUGGUAUUGAUGAAGGUUUGGCAAGUGGAUUGGAUGAAGAUAUAAUCCCAAUUUAUUAUGGUGAAAAUGUUGCUCACUGGUUUGAAAUUACUGCCACAGGUAAUGUUGGACACGGCUCUCAAUUCAUUCCUCAAACAGCCACUGAAAAGAUUUACAAAUUGCUCAAUGAAAAGGUUUUCCCAUUCAGAGAACAACAACAAGUUCAAAUGAGAUUGCAAACCAACAAUCCAAGAGAAAAGACACAAUGUAGUACUGUUAUUACUAUCAAUUUGACAGGUCUCAGAGCAGGACAUACCAACAAGGAAACUGGAGAAUUCUCUAGUCCUAAUGUUAUUCCAAGAACAGCUACUGCCUUGUUUGAUAUGAGAAUUCCACCACAUAUUGACUUGAAGGAAAUUGAAAUUAUGCUUCGUUCAUGGGCUGAUUUUGUUAAUGGUACCAUCAAGUUUAUUGAACAACCAAAGAUCAAUCCAGUUGCUGAUCUUAAUGAUGAAACUGUUAAGAAAUUCUUAGAUAUUGUCUCUUCAAGAAUGAAGACAGAAUUGAGAAUUUUCCCAGCUGCCACUGAUGCCAGAUUCCCAAGAGCUGCCGGUGUCAACAUGAUCGGAUACAGUUACAUGCCAAAUACCAAGGUUUUGCUUCAUGACCACAACGAAUAUUUGGAUGAAAAUGUGUAUUUGGAUUCUAUUGUUCAUUACAUUGCCAUUUUGGAAGGAUUAUUACAAAAUUAAAGAAUUUUGCAAUUUUC